UGGGUAUGAGAAGUUAUCCCAAAGUAAAUUUAUAAUAAUCUUAAUUGGUUUGUUUAGAUAAUGAUGUCUUGCAUAAUUACAUUUGUUUUUGACCAUACCUGGAAGACUGUGUCCUGUCCUGGGCAUUACAAUUCAAGAAUACUGACAAGCUGGAACAUGUCCAGAAGAAGGCAACUAAAAUGGUAAAAGACUUGGAAAUUGUGUCCUAUAAGUAGCAGCUUAGGGAGCUGAGCAUGUUUAGCCUGGAGAAAAGAGGAUUAAGAGCUGACAUGAUAGCGAUAUUCAAACAUUUGAGGGGAUGUCAUAUUGAAGAGAGCCGCACUUAUUUUCUACUGCUUCAGAGACAGGGACAUGGAGCAAUAGAUUCAAACUGAAAUAAAAAAAGAUUCCACCUAAACAUCAGGAAGAACAUCUUGAUGAUAAGAGCUGUUUAAUAGUGAAAUAUACUGCCUUGGAGUGUGGCGAAGUCUCCUCUGUAUCUUUUUAAGCAAGAAACUGGAGAGUAAUCUGUCAGGGGUGCUUUGAUUGUGUAUCCUGCAGAACAGGAGGCUGGACUGGAUGACCUUUGGAGUUGACCUUAGGACCUUUGUUCUCAAUGUUGCUCAGCUACUUCUAAGGGUGGGGAUAAGGGCUGAUGCCAACAUCUUGGAAGUACUUGGCGCCUGAUAGGAGACACUAGUGUGACCACAAACCAAGGGAUAAUAUGCUUCUCUCAGCCUUUCCCUUACAUUUACUUCCCCAUGGGUUGUGCUCUUCACUCUAAUUGUGCUUUUGAGAGGAAGACUUGCCAAAUAGUCUGUCUUUUGGCAUCUGGGGCUGGUACUAAGAACAAGAACUGGCAAAGCAGUGCACUCCACAGUUACAGUUUGCAGAUGCUUCAUUUCUCAUUUUGGAUUUUUUCGUCAAACAACAUUAGAUAAGAAUCAACACGCUGAAGUUGCUUGUGGAUCCACUAAGCUUUCCUUGAGAGGCAUCUCAUUUUUCCGAGGAUUAUUGUAACAAUUGAUAUGUUUCCAUUGUGAUCGUAACCAUGCUAUAGAAGCAAGAAGAAUGUGAACCUGUCUACAGAAGAACAUCAUGGGGCCCUCACAGCUUGUGGCACAGAGUCAUGGGAAGAAGAGAGGUGUAUUUGACAUGGAGGAGAAAGGCUUUGCACUUUUCCAUAGCUCAGAGAUUCCUCUUGAGCAUAUAGAAAAAACACCCCUGAAACGGAAGAAGGGCCCAGCUCCCAAGAUGCUUGGGAACGAGGUGUGCAGCGUGUGUGGCGACAAGGCCUCCGGCUUCCACUAUAAUGUUCUGAGCUGUGAGGGAUGCAAGGGAUUUUUCCGACGCAGCAUCAUCAAGGGAGCGCACUAUGUUUGCAAGAAUGGGGGCAGAUGUGAGAUGGACAUGUACAUGCGCCGAAAGUGUCAAGAGUGCCGUUUGCGCAAAUGCCAGGAGGCCGGCAUGCGAGAGCAGUGUGUUCUCUCUGAAGAGCAAAUCCAGCUGAAGAAACUUAAGAAGCAGGAAGAUGAUCAGGCCCGGACAGUGAUCGUGCGCCACAAUCCACCAUCUCCUCCAGGUCCCCCUCCUCAAAUGACAUCGGAGCAGCUUGACAUGAUAGAAAAGCUGGUGUCAGCCCAGCAGCAGUGCAACCAACGCUCUUUCUCAGACAGACUCAAAGUGACGCCGUGGCCUCAGAUUUCAGAUCCCCUUCAUCGUGAAGCACGACAGCAGCGGUUUGCUCAUUUCACGGAGCUUGCAAUCCUUUCUGUACAGGAGAUUGUGGACUUUGCUAAGCAGUUGCCAGGUUUCCUUGAGCUUACCAGGGAAGAUCAGAUUGCUCUUCUGAAGACAUCUACAAUAGAGGUGAUGCUGUUGGAGACAUCUCGGCGCUACAGUCCAGAAACAGAAAGUAUCACUUUUUUGAAGGAUUUGAGCUAUAAUCGAGAUGACUUUGCCAAAGCUGGCCUUCAGUUUGAAUUCAUUAACCCCAUUUUUGGAUUUUCAAAGGGAAUGAAUGAUUUGCAGCUUAAUGACGCUGAAUACGCACUUCUAAUUGCUAUCAGCAUUUUUUCUGCAGAUAGACCAAAUGUUCAAAACCAGCUCCUGGUGGAACGACUGCAACAUACCUACGUAGAAGCCCUUCAUUCUUAUAUCUGUAUCCACAGACCAAACGAUCAUCUAAUGUUCCCACGGAUGUUAAUGAAACUGGUCAGUCUUCGGACUUUAAGUAGCGUUCAUUCUGAACAAGUGUUUGCUCUUCGGCUACAGGACAAGAAGCUUCCACCACUUCUUUCAGAGAUCUGGGAUGUGAAUGAAUGACCACAUUGUCUCAGGGCUGUGACCUUCUGCAGUAGCCCUGCCAUUUAUCUAUUGCUAACAAGAACCUGUCAUCUCUUCUCUAAAAUAUGGAAGUGGUGUGGAAGGCUGUGGUCCUGUGGUUUCUUUGCUCUGAAGAGACAAUGUAGAAGGCAAACGAAGUGGACCCACUGAUGCUUUAGUCUUUAAGUAAUGUGACAACAACUGAAAAACCUCAACCUAGCAGAAAUGAAGAAUUCACCCUACUAAUGUUUCCAUUGCCUUUCUCCUUUCAUAUAGUUUCUCUGUGUUUAACUUCAAGGACACACCAUCCACACACACACAGAAGCUUUCCUGGACUAUCAAAAACAAGCCUCGCUUUGUAUCCAUGUUUUGUAUCUUCAUAGGAGUUUCUCCGGGAUGACUAACACACUUUAACCUUCCAAAUAAUAGUUUACAUUUGUGGUAUUUUGUGCUAUUUUCUUUAUUUCUUUUCUUUCUGCAAGCUAGAGCCAUAUGUGCCAUUUUAUUACCUUUUUUGGAAUGGCCCUGUGUUGUAUAAAUCUAUUACAAUUUUUCCGAAUUCUACUAUUUUUUGCGCUAAGCUAUAAAUCCCAGUGGUAUUUUGAUACAUUUUGAUGCAUUACAGAAGCAAAUCCAGUCACCAUUUGUUGCCUUACCACUGCUUUUCUAGCUCUCCUCCUAAACUACUUUCCCUUUGGGAUGUUGCAGACAUGUGUUUGCAAGUUUACUAUACAUCUGGAACUCAUAUAUAUACAAAGAAAUGUAGCUGAUGAAACUUUUUUUGGGAAAAGUUAAACAUCUUCUUUCUUCCCCACUCAAAAAAAUACUUUCACUGCCAAAAAUAUCUGUUGAGGAUUUGCUAUAUAGGCUCACAUGUUGAGCAUUGCCCUUAAUAUCUUCUAAUAAUAAUAGAAUCCAAUUGAUGUGUGACCUCAAAGAAUGUCAAUGUUUUUUAAGAAUAUAAGGGGGCUCUAAUCUGUUCUGAAAUGUACCGCCGGUAUGUUUAUUACCUCUCUGUUCCUACCUUAAAUUUGUCAAGUUGUUUAUUGGUGGUCUUGUGGAAUUUUCUACCCAUAGUAAAUGUAAAGGUUUUCCCCUGACAUUAAGUCUAGUUGUGUCCGACUCUGGGGGGUGGUGCUCAUCUCCAUUUCCAAGCUGUAGAGCUGGCGUUGUCUGUAGACACCUCCUAGCUCACGUGGCCGGCAUGACUGCAUGGAGUGCCGUUACCUUCCUGCCAGAGAGAUACCUAUUGAUCUCCACACAUUUGCAUGUUUUCAAACUGCUAGGUUGGCAGAAGCUGGGGCUAGCAGCCAGAGCUCAUUCUGAUCCACUGAUUCAAACUGCUGACCUUUUGGUCAGUAAGUUCAGCAGUUCAGCAGCUUAACCCACUGCAUCAUUGGGGGUUCCCAUAAAGAGUUUAAUAGUUACAGCCUGAGGCUGUGGAGAGUUAACCAUAGUUUGGAUACAGAUUAGUCUGAAUCAGACUGUAGGAGCAGAAGUGGGCACACGUGAGGCUUGUGGAAUUGCCUCCUCCCCUCCUUUUAUACUAGAAACCAGAGAAUCAUCAAUUGAAAUUUGGUGCAAAAACUCUAACACUUAACAGCUAAAACAAUCUGAGCGUGUAAUUUUUUUACCUUCUGGAAACAAAACAGGGCUCACAUCCCUACUAUGUAAAAUUUUAUUCCUUGUUGCUCUUGGCUUCCUUCAUUUCAGUAGUAUGAUUUAGAACAGAGGGCAGAUUUGUUUCUGCUAUCAUCAAAAAGCUGAAAGUCAGAAGUCCUUGCCAAUCGAUUGCAAAUCAUUUGGAGAUCUGCCAGUAGAUUUAGAUACGUCUUCUCUCUUGUCUUCUUCUGUCUAAAUUCCACCUUACUUAAUGCCAGGAAUUAACUCUUAGAUUCCUUGGUGUUUUAGGAAUAUAUGUUCCUUUCUUUGUUAGAAUUUAAGUUUUGCAAGCCUUCUGAGAGCGUGGGCCCAUGAACCAAUAUGAUUGUUGAUUCUACAGCAAGUGCCAUACCAAUGGUGUGGGCCUUGUGUCUAUUUUGUACUUGAAGUUGUUCUCUUUUUGCUGGCCUUUAUUCUAUAAAGCACUUGUAACAAUUUGUAAAAUCUUUUUUAUAACCCCUUGCAAUUGCAGACUUUUAAUUCUGUGUUUUCAUUGUUUGCAAAGUGUUAAUGCUCAUGCAAAAGAAUAAAGGCUAAUACUGAA